AUGUCUUCCGCCGACUCCUCUAUGUCCUGCAACACCACCACUCCUACUCCUAAUCCUGUGCCGCCUCCUGGACUACCCCCUGCUGCCAACAGUGGUGCAUCUGUGCCGCCACCUGGCACCAGCGGCUCCUUUGGUGGUGCUCCCCAAGCUCCUCCUGCCGGCGACGUGCCUGGCAACGGCAGCGGUGGCUUCAUCGUGUACCCGCCGCAACCACUCGCUAUCCACCCCUACGCCACCGUCUCCAUCAAGUCUCACGUCCCCGUGGCGCUGAUGAUGAAGUCCAAUGCCUACUCUAGAUGCGCUUCCUUCUUGAAGUCCAUGUACAGCAAGUUUAGCCUCAAGUCUCACAUCGAUGGCACGGUGGCACCCUAUCCCUAA